AAAGAAAAAAAAACCUCAGCUUUUUUAGACUUCCAUCCACAGCAGUAAAUUCAUUAUGUCUACCGAUAAAUUCAACUGUCGAAUGUACGAGAAGGAGUUCCCAGAGGUUGAUGAUCUCGUCAUGGUGAACGUCAGACAGAUCGCCGAUAUGGGUGCUUACGUCAAACUUCUUGAAUACAAUGACAGAGAAGGAAUGAUUCUUUUGUCAGAAUUGUCCAGAAGACGUAUUCGUUCCGUACAAAAACUUAUUCGUGUCAACCGAAAUGAAGUUGUCGUUGUCCUCAGAGUCGACGAAGAGAAGGGUUACAUUGAUCUGUCCAAGCGUCGUGUUUCUCCCGAAGAAAUAUCCAAGUGCGAAGAAAAGUACAACAAAAGCAAAGCUGUUCACUCGAUUUUGCGUCAUGUCGCAGAGAAGCAUGAUAUUGCCCUCAAGGAGUUGUAUGAAACUAUUGGAUGGCCCUUGUACAAAAAAUAUGGUCACGCAUUUGAUGCCUUCAAGAUGGCUAUUAUUCAACCUGAAGAAGUCUUCGAAGGUAUCCAAAUGACUGCUCAAGUUCGAGACGAGCUUGUUGGUAACAUUAAGCGCCGUAUGACUCCACAGCCUGUUAAAAUCCGUGCACAACUCGAUUUGCGAUGUACCGGUAUCGAUGGUGUCAAUGCCAUCAAGGCUGCUCUCACUGCUGGUGAAGCUGUUUCAACUGAGGAAGUCCCCAUUAAAGUCACAUAUCUUGCAGCACCUCUCUAUGUCGUUACUGCUGAUGCUUUGGACAAGCAGCUUGGAUUUGAAGUCAUGGAGAAGGCUAUCCAAGUCAUGAAGGAGACUUUGGAAGAGUUCAAGUGGUCACGAUUUAAGGUCGAGAAGGAUGCUCAACUUGUUUCUGAAAAUGACGAUCGCGACUUUGCUGCUCUUAUGGCCAAGGCUGAAAAGGAAAACGAACUUGUUAGUGGUGAUGAGGAUGAAGGCGAUGCUGUUGCUGCUGCCAGUGACGAUGAUAUGUGAAAAUAGACAUUUUUGUUAUCUUUUCUCGCUCUUCCCUCUCCUUUCUCAUUUCCAAAAAAAAGUGCAUUAGAAGUAGGCUUUGAUAGUGCCUCAUCCCCCUUUCGCAUGUCGUAUAUUACACUAUAUAUAAAAAAAAAAAAUAACUAUGGCUGUUGAAAAAAAAAAAAAAGAGAAAAC